AUGACUGAGGAACAGUACGUACUGGAGGCCCAGUCGGGCCAUCUUCAGCAGCCCAGGUGCGACGCUGUCGACCCCGUGGGACUCUAUGGGUGGAGGAAGAGAUUCCUCUACUUUUUCCUCUCGCUGUUGCUGGUCAUAAUGAUAGUCAACCUGGCCUUAACUGUGUGGAUAGUAAAGGUCAUGCAUUUCACUGUGGACGGAAUGGGAAACCUUCAGGUGAACGGGGAAGGGAUACGACUGGAGGGAAUAUCGGAAUUUCUUCUUCCCCUUUAUGUGAAGGAGAUCCAGUCAAGAAGGGCAAGCCCAUUGGUCGUGCGGUCAAACAGAAACGUGACCAUAAACGCUCGAAACGACCAAGGCCAACUCACUGGACAGCUGACAGUGGGUCCCGAUUCAGUGGAAGCACAGUGUCAGAGAUUUGAGGUGCGAAGCAGGGAUGGAGGGAAGGUGCUGUUCUCUGUAGAUGAAAAGAAGAUCAGCAUAGGAACAGAUACAGUCAGAGUAACUGGCUCAGACGGAGGGGUCUUUGGACACUCUGUGGAAACGCCACACAUCCAGGCAGACGCCUCUCAAGAUCUGAAGCUUGAGUCUCCAACAAGGACCUUGACCAUGGAGGCUCCCAGAGGGGUAGAGGUCACUGCAGCCAGGGGGAAACUGAAGGCCACGUGUCGGAAAGACCUGGAACUCCAGUCAACAGAGGGAGAGAUCUUUUUAGAUGCAAACGCGAUCCGACUGGGGAGCUUUCUUCCACUUGGUGUCUACUCCCCAUCCUCAGACGCAGCUUCUCAGAAACAGACUGUGUACGAGCUGUGCAUCUGCCCCAACGGCAAGCUGUACCUCUCCCCCGCCGGCAGCAGAUCCAGCUGCUAUUCCACAAGCAACGUGUGUCUCUGGAACUGAUAUAAAGAACACUCUUCCACCACCUGUGAUGUUCACUGCUGCUCCAACAUCAAUAAUAGCAAAACAAGGACAGUGGAGACGCCUUGGUCCCGUCCAGAACACUAGCACCUAGAG